AUGUCUUCGUCAAAAGAAACUACUUUAUCUUUUCAAUGUCCACAAUUAUCUAAGCUCAACUAUGACAAUUGGGCAGCUCAAAUGAAAGUAAUUCUCGGUGCUCAAGGAGUAUGGGAGAUGGUUGAGAAAGGCUAUGUAGAACCAGAGAAUGUGGACAAGCUAACAGAAGCUCAGAAGGAAGAAUUAGAAAAUAAAAGAAAGAAAGAUCAAUGUGCACUUACUAUCAUUCAUCAAGACUUGGAUGAUGAUAUGUUUGAGAAGAUUGCUAAUAUAACCAAUGCAAAAAAAGUUUGGGAUACUCUUCAAAAUUCCGUCAUAGGAGUUGAAAAGGUGAAGAAGGUUCGUCUUCAAACUCUAAGGGCUGAGUUUGAGUCUCUAAUAAUGAAGGAGACUGAAUCCAUUUCAUAUUAUUUCACCAAAGUUUUGACGGUAGUGCACCAAAUGAAAAGGCUUGGAAAAAAAUUAGAAGAUGUUCGUGUUGUUGAGAAAAUCUUUUGUUCUCUCAACUCAAAAUUUUACCAUGUGGUGGUAGCCAUUGAGGAGUCCAAAGAUUUGGAUACGAUGUCUAUUGAUCAUUUGAAUGGUUCCUUCCGAGCCCAUGAAGAAAGAAUGGAUAAAGGCAAGCAAGAACAUGUGGAGCAUGUCUUGUAG